UCCUCUCGCAUUUAACUGUCAACGCGAAACGUCAAAACAAAGUUGCUCUCCGUGUUGACACACGUCCACAUAACCCUCGCUCACGUUCUGCUGUAAACGACACGGGGCAAUUCGCUUGGACGGCGGACAAUUUUCUUUAAUUUACAAAAUGGAACAGUUCCAGAAAAAGGACGUAGUGCAAGCCGUUCUGCUGACAGACCUUCGGCCGGAAGCUUUCAAGCCGAUUUGUGAUAACAGCUCGACGGCUCUGUUGACGUUGGCCAAUGUGCCUCUGCUGGACUACGCGCUUGAGUCGCUGAACAGAAGUGGAAUUGAGGAAGUCUUUGUCUACGCGCGGCUGCAUAUGAAUGAUAUCAAGGAACACAUCAGCAAACGGCAGAAACAAGGAUGUACUUGGUCUAUAAACAUGUCUGUGAAGGUGAUUGGAGCAGAGGGAUGCCGCUGCUUGGGAGAUGCUCUACGGGACAUCGAUGCCAAAAGUUUAAUACGAGGCCAUUUCGUGCUAAUGGAAGCUGAAACUGUAACGAAUGCCAAUUUAAGUUACUUUUUGGAGGAACACAAAAAAACUGCCAAAUACGACAAAGGAAUCGCCAUGACGGUCAUCUAUAAAGAAGUUAUCACUGGCGUCCGUACUGGAGACGAGGUCAUGAUAGCAAUGAGUACAGACAAUAAACGCCUGCAAUAUCACCAACGUAUCAAAACAAAUUUUAGGGAACAAUCAUUCGCAAUGCCACUGGACAUAUUCCUUCAAAACUCCAAUGUAGCGCUGCAUCACAAUUUAGCCGAUCCCCAAAUCGCGAUUUGCUCACCAUUACUGCUGACGCUGUUCAGUGACAAUUUCGAUUUCGAGAAUCGAGAUGACUUCGUUCGGGGCUUGAUCAUCAAUGAAGAGGUUCUGAACAGUCGGAUUUAUGUGGAAAUGCUGCCACGCGAACAAUAUGCUCGAAGAGUUAGCAACUGGCUAACAUAUCAAAUUGUUAGCAAUGACGUGAUCAAUCGGUGGUCGUAUCCACUGGUUCCCGACAUGGGUAUAUGUUGUUUACGACAACAAUUUCUAUUUCUACGAAAUAAUAUUUAUAAGCAUGAAAGUGCGACACUUUCGAAAUUGAUGUCAAAGGAAAAUAUUGUUUUGGAUAGUGGGUCCUCGGUCGAUACGGGGUCGAAAUUGUCUUCAGUGGUAAUUGGGCGGAAUUGUAAGAUCGGGAAGAAUUGCAAUCUGGAUCAUGUGUACAUGUACGAUGAUGUUGUUAUCGAGGACAAUUGCAGCUUGGAAUAUUGCCUUAUUGGAUCGGGUGCGAAGAUUUCAUCGAAUUCACAUGUGUUGGAGGGUGUCGUUAUUGCUCCUAAGACUGUGAUUGCACCUAAUUCGAAUAUAACUACACCCAGCGAGACCGAUCCCAUUGCGAAACGAUUCAGCAUCAGCACACAGAAAACAAACGACACGGAAGAGCUCGAUGACGAAGAAGAUGAAGAGUGGGAAGUUGGUGGAUUCCUCAAGAUGAGAUCAGUGCCUUUCUCCUUUGAAGACAGUGAAUACAAUUCAUCAACAGAAGAUGAGCUUUCUAGUCAUGGAUCCCCUGUUCCGGACGAUACAAAUAUUUUCCUCUCGGAAGUUAUCGACUCCUUGACACGUGGCUAUAACGAGAAAUCGAACCCAGACUUUUUAAUUUUGGAAAUUAAUUCGUCUCGUUAUGCGUACAACAUGUCGUUGUCCGAAGUGAACUUUUACGUAACUAAAGCAAUACUGUCACUGCCCAAAGUGAAGGAGUCGUCAGCCAAUAUAGUUCAAAACUUGCAUCAUGUUCUUGGUCACUUGGGACCGGUUAUUUCAAAUUACAUUAAGUACAAGGACGCAAUGAUAGACUGUUUGAAAGGUGUUGAGGAUUGUUGCAAUCAAGAGGAAGACUUUAAAGCUAAGGUGGCACAAAUUGUUCAUUACUUAUAUGACAAGGACUAUGUGGCGGAAGAUGCAAUUCUCGAAUGGUACGAAAAUUUGAGUGACGAAUCGGAAUGGAUGAAGACACAUUUGAAAAAGCUCAUUGAUUGGUUGAUGGCCUCUAGUGAGGAAGAAAGUGAAGAGGAGUGAAAUGGCGAAGUUGAAUAGUUUUGAAGAAUGUCUUGUAAACUUCUUCAAAUGGCCGACUUAACAAAAAAUACAUUUUUCUUUAUGAAAAUGAAA